UUAUAUUCGGAAACAGAAUUGGGAUUUUUUCCAGUUAUUUUCCUAGGGUUUUCUUCUUCGGUAUCUUAAAGGGUGUGUCUUUUGAAGGUUUUGCGAGGAGUUGAAUUUGUUCUUUCUGCUGGUUGACUGAGGUAUAGAAUUGAUUUGCGAUCAUGGCAAGAGGCACCCCUGGAUGGUACUUUAGUGAAAAUGAGAUAGAUGAUCAUUCACCUUCAAGAAAGGAUGGGAUUGACCUUGAGAAAGAGACAGAGCUGCGAAAAUUAUACUGUUCAUUUCUUCAGGACUUAGGCAUGAAGCUCAAAGUACCACAGGUUUCAAUAGCAGUUGCAAUGAUGUUAUGCCGCCGGUUUUAUAUGCGUCAAUCUCAUGUAAAGAAUGAAUGGCAGACAAUAGCAACGGUGAGCAUGUUUCUUUCAUGCAAGAUGGAAGAAACACCGCGCUUAUUAAUGGACGUUGUUGUGGCGUAUGAGAUUAUGUAUAGAACUAAACCUGCAGCCGCAGAAAGAAUCAAACAGAAGGAUGUUUAUAAUAAGCAGAAAGAACUAAUUGUAACGGCGGAGAGAGUUUUGCUAGUCACAGUUGCAUUUGGUUUCGAUAUUCAACUGCCUUACAAGCCCCUCGUUGUGGCUCUUAGAAGGAUGGAGAUUUCCCAAAAUGACGUUGCAAAGGUGGCAUGGAAUUUCGUGAAUGAUUGGCUGCGGACGACUCUGUGUUUGCAGUACAAACCUCAUUACAUUGCUGCUGGUUCAAUAUAUCUUGCUGCAAAAUUUCACAAAAUGAAGUUGCGUUCAGUUAAUGGGAAAGUUUGGUGGAUGGAAUUUGAUGUUGUCCCUCAGCGCUUGGAAGAGGUUAUACAGCAGAUGCUUGGGUUGCUGGAGAACAGAAAAUCAGUUGUGCCUUCCUGUCACAAGAACAGCACACAAUCUACACUAAUUAAAAAGGAAUUUCCAAACAGCACCAGAUCCAGCACUGCAAGUGGGUUAACAACAGGUGAUACUAAUGAUCAUGACCUUCGUGAUAACCCCAGUCUGCCCCACAAACACACAUGCGAAGCCAGAAGAGAAGACUUAAAACAGUUUCAGGCAAGCGAUUCUGGGAGCUCAGGUAGUAAUGUGGAAGACGGUGAUAGUAGAUUUAUUGAGGGCAAAGUGCUGGUUGAAUCUAUUCAGAUUGUGAGUAGUAUUAAGAGACCGCUUCCGUCUCUGGAUGUCUUAGUAAGAUCGAAAUGGAUCGAAUCAAAGAGGCAGUCAGGAAAAGGAAGCUUAACAGAGUAAAUAAUAAGAAAUUAGAAACGGAGGAGAAAGAUGGAGAUUAUGACUCAUUGAUAAUGAGGGGGCUUGAAAAUGGAUUAGAGAUGGAUCAUCCAUUGCUUGAAAAGAAACAGAAACGGGGAUGACAAAGAACUGAUAAACAGGUCUGACUCCAAAAAAUACAAAGAACUGGAUCUGAUUGAUGGUCUAAUUUAAUCGAUGAAGGCAGCUUAAACUAGUUGUCAAAUAAACUUCAUCAUCUGCCGUCGUGCUGGCCUUGUUGAACAAUCUCAUUAUCUCGAGUUCAGUGUUGCAUAAACUCAAAAGUCGUUCUGUAAUGUGAUUAUGAUCUAACUGUCUCCUUGUACAUAUGAUUAAGAUCCGCUCCACUAUGUGCUUGUAUAAAGCUUAUUACAAGCUCAGUCGAUUUUGUAAUUUUUAGCUGAUCUGUAACUAACUUGUUUAUCAAGUGGUUGGCUUACUUUUAACCAUUUGCUGUUUCUCCA